CAGAUACAUUUGCGAACUGCUACGAACACAUUGAAAAUAUAAGGAUGAAGUCAUACCAAGUGAAUGGUAAUGAUGGAAAAAGAGAGACAAAUUCUAAACCAGAUAAUAUAGAAGAAGAAACAACCGAGAAAAAAGAGGCGAAAAUGAAGGAAGAGAAGGAAGAAAAACAAAAACAAGCAAGUCUAAGAUCAUUGUACCGAUAUGGGAAGGCAGUUGAUUAUUUAUUUGUUGGUAUAGCACUUAUCUGCAGUAUUGGAAGUGGUGUAUUGCAACCAGUAAUGUUUCUACUCUUUGGAGAGAUGACAAAUUCGUUCGUAGAAAAUGCUGGUCAAAAUACAACCGAAGAGACGAAACUAGCGCAGGAUAGACUAACAGAUGAUAUGAACAAGUUUACAAUUUAUUUCUGUGGAUUUGGCGCUGGAAGUUUCAUUUUAAAUUAUAUACGAUAUCUCUUCCUAUUAAAUAUAUCAUAUAAAAUCAGUAGUCGAAUGAGAAGUGCAUUGUUUACAAGUCUUCUUCAUAAGGAAAUAGAAUGGUUUGAUAAGAAUGAAAUUGGUACGCUAAAUUCAAGAUUAGUAGGUGAUAUUAAUAAAGUUGAAGAAGGGAUUGGAGACAAAGUCGGAACAAUAUUUGCUGGACUAUCAGGCUUUAUUGGAGGAUUCGUUAUUGCUUUUGUAAAAGGAUGGAAAUUAACAUUAGUUAUUCUGGCUACAACCCCGAUUAUAGCAAUACUGGGAGCAGCAGUAUCAAAGUUGUCAGCGAUUCUGGCACAAAAAGAAUUACAAGUCUACAGCAAAGCGGGUGCAGUUGCGGAACAAGCUAUUAGUAAUAUAAGGACCAUUUCCGCUUUCUCUGGACAGCAAAAAGAAGCGGCUCGAUAUGAUCAACAAUUAGGAAAGGCAAAAAAAUUUGGAAUAAAAAAAGGGCUUGCCACUGGAAUAUUUAUGGGCUCAUUCAACCUAGCCUUUUUUGGAAUGAUGGCUUUAGCUUUGUGGUACGGUGGAAAACUAUACAGAGACGAAGGCUUAAAAGUCGGAGAUACUGUUACUGUUUUCUUUUCGGUCCUUUUAGGAGCCUUCUUUUUGGGAUUAUUGGGUCCAGCACUUGAAGCUUUAGCAUCCGCUCGUGCUGCUGCAUACGCCCUAUAUCAAAUAAUAGACUCCAAAUCAACCAUAGAUAGCAAUUCUAAAAACGGAAAGAAGUCAAAGAUUCAAGGAAAUAUUGAAUUUCGUAAUGUCAAAUUUAGAUAUCCUACUCGUCAAGAAAUACCAGUUUUAAAUGGUGUCAGCUUUCAAGUUUCAACUGGAGACACCAUGGCACUAGUUGGCAGUAGCGGAUGUGGAAAAUCAACUUCUGUUCAACUUUUACAACGAUUUUAUGAUCCAGAAGAAGGAGAAAUACUUCUUGAUGGCGUCAAUAUCAAAGAUAUCAAUGUUGGUUGGUUGAGAGACCAUAUUGGAGUUGUUUCCCAAGAACCGAUACUCUUCGAUAAUACAAUUAAAGAAAAUAUUCGCCUUGGAAGAGAAGGAGUAACCGACGACGACAUAGAAAAAGCUGCGAGAAACGCAAAUGCUUACAACUUUAUUACGAAAUUACCUUAUGGUUUUAAUACGAAUGUUGGUGAGAGAGGAGCUCAACUCUCUGGAGGACAAAAACAAAGAAUAGCAAUCGCCAGAGCACUCGUUCGAAAUCCUGUUAUCCUCCUACUAGACGAAGCAACUUCCGCUUUAGACACUGAAAGCGAAUCAAUUGUUCAGGAUGCUCUGAAUAAAGCUUCGGCAGGUAGAACAACCAUUGUUAUUGCUCAUAGAUUAUCGACUAUAAGGAAUGCAAAUACUAUAUGUGCAUUUGAUAAGGGACACAUUGUUGAAAAAGGUAAUCAUGAUGAACUGAUGAAAAUCGAAGGAGGAAUCUACAACAAAUUGGUUACAGCUCAACAAUUCAAGGAUGAAGAAGAAAAGACAGACGAUGAUUUCAGAUCUGAUGAUAUUGACAUAGAAUAUCAAUUCAAGAGACAAAAAAGUAAUGGUAGUAAUAAUAGUAGGAGAGGAAAACACGGACUAACAUCCAUGACAAGUAUAAAAGAUGAUGAAGUAUUGGAUGACGAAGAAGGAGAUGUGGCACCUACUCCUUUCUUUCAAAUAUUAAAGUUAAAUGCUCCUGAAUGGUGUUGGAUAUUGGUAGGCGUUUUUGGAGCUCUUAUCACUGGAGGGGUGAAUCCUGUCUUUGCAGUAUUAUUUGGAGACGUAAUUAAAGCUUUUACGAAAGAGGACUCAGAGCAAAAGAAAGAAAUAGCUCUAUAUUGUGGGCUAUUCGCAGGAAUUGGAGUACUUGCUGCUUUAUCUAAGGUUGUGCAAGAUUGGGCAUUGGCAGUGUCUAGUGAAAAAUUAACUUUAAGAUUACGAAAAAAGACAUUUCGAAGUAUAAUAAAACAAGAUAUCUCCUAUUUUGACGAUCCUAAAAACUCAACAGGCGCCAUAACAACCAGGUUAUCAGCUGAUGCUUCAAGUGUUCAAGGAGCAGCUGGUGUUCGUCUAGGAACAUUUGUUCAAUCUUUUGGAGUUUUAGGAAUUGGUGUUAUUUUGGCCAUGUACUACAGCUGGAAGUUAACGCUUGCUAUAAUUGCAUUUGUACCCUUGCUUAUCCUUGGUGGAGCAAUGGAAAUGAUAAUCAUGUCUGGAAUGCAUGGAAAAUCGAGUAAAAAUCUCGAAGAAGCUUCGAAAAUUUCCACACAAUGUCUGUCAAACAUUCGAACUGUUGCUCAGUUGUGUAAAGAAAAACAUUUCGCACUUGCUUAUAAAAAAACCCUUCAGUCGGAACAAGCAUCCAAGAUGAAAAAAAUUCAUGUCAUUGCAUUUGGUUUUAGUAUCAGCCAAUCUGUGAUGUUUUUUGUAUUUGCUGCUACAUUUGCAUUUGGAACAUAUUUGAUUAAGAACGAUAACAUGUCAUUUGACGAGGUCUUCAAAGUAUUUGGUGCCAUCGCUUUUGGAGCUCAAUCAGUUGGAGAACUGGCUUCAUUUGCGCCAAAUUAUGGUAAAGCUCGUAUCGCGGCGACUCGUCUCUUUAGAAUUUUUGCACGACAACCACUCAUCGAUAGUUCCUCACCUGAUGGUAAAAAACCAUCCACAGUAUCUGGUGUAAUUGAGUUCAAGGAUGUCUUCUUCUCCUAUCCGACUAGACCCAACGCUACUGUUUUGAAAGGCUUGAACAUUAAAGUAGAACCUGGUCAAACUUUAGCUCUCGUUGGUAGCAGUGGAUGCGGAAAGAGUACAUCGGUUUCCCUCCUCGAACGAUUCUACAAUCCAUUUAAAGGCGUCAUAACACUUGACGGCGUUGAUUUAGAGAGUUUAAACAUUUCUUGGCUUCGACAACAAAUUGGUCUCGUCCAACAGGAGCCAAUUCUUUUUGAUUGUACAAUCAGAGAAAAUAUAGCGUAUGGUGAUAACUCUCGAGAAGUUCCUAUAGAAGAGGUUAUCGAGGCUGCUAAAAAGGCCAACAUUCACAAUUUCAUAUCAAGCCUACCUCAGGGAUACGACACUCCAGCUGGAGAUAAAGGAACACAACUAUCUGGUGGUCAAAAGCAGAGAAUUGCCAUAGCUAGAGCGUUGGUGAGAGAACCAAAGAUAAUACUCCUUGACGAAGCAACAUCAGCAUUGGAUACAGAAAGUGAGGCGAUCGUUCAAGAAGCUUUGGAUAAAGCAAGAGAAGGUCGCACGUGCAUAACUAUAGCACAUCGUCUAAGCACAAUAAGAAAUGCAGAUUGUAUAGUUGUUAUCUCGAAUGGAAAAGUCUCAGAAAUAGGAACACAUAGUGAGCUGAUGAAUGCUAAAGAAUUCUAUUAUACUCUCGUAAAGAAGCAAGAAGCUGCAAAAUAGCAUUGUAGGUUUUAGUGAAGUAAAAAUUGUAAAUAUAAAAUUCCACUGAAAAGAUGUCAACAGCCUUAUUUUAACUGAGAUAAUUUAAUAUGUAUAUCUAUUAUCACUUUUCAACACAACGUAAACACCACUGAAUGUUCUUUUAAAGUAUUGUUUAUGGAGAAUACAGUAUAUGCUUUUGAAAGAAUCAACAAA